CGCAGAAAGUCCAUCUAUUGCAUCCCGGACGGUCAGCGUGUCAUUCCGCCUGAGUGAAGGCGAUGGCCGUGGAUGCAGACAGCGGCAGAGGUUCAUCAAGAGGCGCGUAUGAAAAACACCCCGGGGCGGUGCUGGAGCGAAACGGCUACGUGAGGACAUGUGUCACCCCGCUGCACCGGGACCGACGGAGCCAGUCGUGGCUCAGAGUCGCUGUGACAUGGACGUGUCAAAGAGUGCCGUCUGCAGUCUGCCUUGCCUCCAUCUCAGUUAUUCUCGCUCAUCUGUUCAGAUUGGUCGACUGGGAUGCAGGCAGCAGCAGCAGCAGCAGCAGCAGCAGCAGCGGAAAUAGCUCCGGCUCUCGUCUUCAGUCAGCGGCGGGCUGCGCAGCGGAGCUGCUUUUCACUGCGUCUCACUGCGUCUCUCCCGGCUUGACUCUCGCAUGUGCCUUCUUCUGGCUCUGGCUCUGUCUGAUUCGCUGCGGGCUGCUCAUCGGAAGCGCCGUGUUUUUGCUAGCGGCGUGCCACCUAGGCGAAGCCGCGGCGCAGUCCCUCCUGCGCGGCGCCGAGGAGCAGCUGCUGUCCUCAGCCGCAACCCUGGUCGUCCUCGGCUGCCUGGGCUGCGGGGCUCUGCUGGUCGCUCGGCUCGGACAGGGACUCUCCGUCCUCGUCUUCAUAAGCGCCAUCCGGACCGCCUCUCUCGUCUCUCUGAGCGGGGUCUGGGCCAGUUGGAGACCCCACCUGGCCUACCUGCUGGGGCUGCUGGGGGUUUUGCUUGCGCGGUAUGCGGACCGGCUCCUGCCGGCCUCAGGGACCAGCGGGACGGGGUGCUGUGGCUCUGUGACCGGGGCGAAGGAGGAGGACAUCCCUGUCUUCAAGAGGAGACGGAGGUCCAGCUCCAUAGCGGCCUCGGAAAUGAUGGCUCACAGUCAGAGCAACAGCAAGUCCCACCGCAGGACUUCGCUGCCCUGCAUUCCGCGGGACCAGUCUUCUGGGACCAGUGUGGUGGUGGACAUUGCGGUGAUGGGAGAGGCCCAUGGUUUGAUCUCAGACCUGUUGGCUGACCCCUCGCUGCCUCCCAACACCUGUAGCUCUUUAAAGGCGGUCAGCAACCUCCUCAGCACCCAGAUCAGCCUCCAGCCACUUCACCGACCCCGCAUCCCACCAGACACACGCCCCUGCUCUGACUCUGAGGAUGGACCUGAAAAGCCAGAAAGACUGGCCCUUCCAAAGCGUCUCAGGAGGAGUCUGCCCCCUGGACUGCUGAGGAGAAUUUCAUCAACUUGGACAACAACCACCUCGGCUACAGGGCUGCCCACCAUCGAGCCAGGCCCAGUAUGCAGGGAUCGCUCCGCCAGCGUCAAACACACUCCAGACAGUGAUUCAUGGAACCACUCGUUGAUGAUGACCAUCUCAAAGAGCCGCUCCAUGUCUGCUUCCUGUGCUGCCUCCAUGACUUCCAACCACCUUUACAGCAAACCACUAGGAAGAUCAGGUCUUCCUCCCUCCAACAUAUCACCUCUGGGCUCUCCAUGCCCAUCACCUCCCAUCCAGGGAACUCCUGUCCCCAGCCCUACGAUAAAGAUGUGUCCAGUGCAACUUCCUGAGCCGGCUGGACCACAGACCGAGCGGACACCUGUUUCUGUGGCCCCCAAAAGUCAUCACAGAGCCUUAACUCACAGCCAGAGCGCCCCAAACUCCACCACCAUUCACUGGCGACCUCCAUCCCUCUGCGGCAGCUGUGGCAGGCCAUUCAACAGUCAGCUCAACCAUGGAGGAGAAACUGGGGGCAAAGGACAUAGAAUGGUCCCUCCAGAUGAGCGUGCAGUAGCUUUAUCAGACUAUGACAGCACCUACGACAGCACCUAUGAGACCAACCACAGUGACAGCAGUGACUUUGCACAGAAUGAGGAAGAUGGAGAAGGAGGGAAGAAGCCCUCUGUACUGAGGGAAAGUUGCAGGGAGUGUCCAGCAGAGGACAUUGUUCUUCACCCACUUCUUCCAUCCCCAGAGGACACAGUCAUCUCUGUAUCGAAGACUCCGAUGAUGCCAGAGCUGGAGCCUCUCAUGAGUCAACUCAACAACUGGAACUUCCCCAUUUUCAGUCUAGUGGAGAGAACCCACGGAAAGACUGGCUGCAUCCUCAGUCAGGUUUCUUAUAGACUCUUUGAAGAUUCUGGCCUGUUUGAAACCUUUAAGAUCCCCAUUAAAGAGUUUAUGAACUACUUCCAUGCUUUGGAGAAUGGAUACAGGGAUAUUCCUUAUCACAACCGGAUCCAUGCUACUGAUGUGCUUCAUGCUGUCUGGUACCUCACCACGCAGCCUGUUCCAGGCCUCCCCACCCUGCGAACUGAAAAUGGAAUUCACACUGACUCAGCGAAUGGCAUUACCCCUCGAGCCACAAGCUUUCUGGCAUCAAGGAUAAACCUGGAGCUGGAGGAGGAGUAUGGUUCCCUGGCUGGGCUCAUCCCUGGUCUGGAGCUCAUGGCUCUUUAUGUAGCCGCAGCAAUGCAUGACUAUGACCACCCUGGAAGAACCAACGCUUUUUUGGUUGCCACCAGUGCACCACAGGCUCUUCUGUACAACGACAGAUCGGUCUUGGAAAACCAUCAUGCAGCUUCAGCUUGGAACCUCUUCAUGUCUCAACCUGAGUAUAACUUCCUGAUGAAUCUUGAACAUGUGGAAUUCAAACGCUUUCGCUUCCUCGUUAUUGAAGCUAUCCUGGCCACUGACCUCAAAAAACAUUUUGACUUCCUCACAGAAUUCAAUGCAAAGGUGGGUGAUGAAGGAGUGUCUGGUAUUGAUUGGACCAAUGAGAACGAUCGAUUGUUGGUGUGCCAGAUGUGCAUCAAACUAGCAGAUGUCAAUGGUCCGUUGAAGUGUAAGGAGCUGCACCUGCAGUGGACAGAGGGGAUCAUCAAUGAGUUCUAUGAGCAGGGAGAUGAAGAAGCAAGUCUUGGUCUUCCCAUCAGCCCCUUCAUGGACCGAUCCGCCCCACAGCUCGCCCAGCUGCAGGAGUCUUUCAUCACACACAUAGUGGGACCUCUUUGCCACUCGUACGACAAUGCUGCGCUUAUGCCAGGAAGAUGGGUGGACCUGGCUGAAGGAGGUUUGGAGAUAGAUAUGGUGAAGGAAGGCCAAGGCACAGAGGAGGAGGACACAGCAGACGAAGAUGCGUCAACAGGUUCCGACACGUCCCAGCAACAUGAAGCUAAAAGCAAAAGGAAAGUGUUCUGUCAGAUCACUCAGCAUCUUUUGGAAAACCAUGAAAUGUGGAAACGUUUGAUAGCUGCAGAAACUCCAGAGGAAACCCAAGCAGAGGUGCCGAUUUGUAUCAGCAGUCCGACUGACCCGAUCACGGCAAUAUGCGAGGAAGAAGAGGAGCAAGUGAGCAAGGAAGAGGAGUCUGCUGCUGAAGGCGAUGAAAGGGAAGAGGUGCUGACUAUAGAGGAAGAGGAGGAGGAAAUCCUUCCGCAAUAGGAGCCUUUAGGAGAAUCAGAGGAAGAACCAAAAUGAGAUUAUGAACUUCAAGUUACUCUUAUGCCAGGAAUCUGAACAUUGUUUCAAAAAAAAGUUUUUCUUUCCUAACUAAACUCUUGAUAUUGUAGCCAGCACAUCACUUUGACACAACACUGUAGAAGACGUUUUGGGUAAAAUGUGCCUAACAAACACAGGGUUGAAGACUGGGACGACACACAACCAGCUAACAAGAAGAGAAACACGGGAUGAGCAGAAGAAGAGGGAAAAAAGUAGAUACAAAUCCUGAGUAUGGACAGUUUUUAUUCUUGUUUUAGGAUCGAUCUGGUGCACUGCCCUCUCCCAGAUUGCCCAUCUUGCACUUUGGGCCAAACAUGUUGAUUUACAGAUUAGCUGCACCAGUGAGUAGCACUCCGUCACCCCUCGACCUCACUUUGUUUAAUCGCUAUCCAUUCUUUGAGAAGCUGCAAUUCUGACCACGGAUGUGCAACAAGCUUCUUCUUGAAGACGAUGGAUGACAACCAGGGAAAAAAAAUGAGUCCACAUGGUCUCAGUCAUGUAGCGUUUAGAAGGAGAUUGUUGAAAGAAACAGCUGUUGUUCCGUUUAUUACACACAUGCAUUUGAGCUUAAGGUAAUCAGAAGUUGAUUAAUGUACUUUGUUCCCACAAAGCUUUAUUCUAGCUAAAGUAAUGCAAACUACUUUUGUCCAUAUAUCAAACAAAGUUAGUGGUCUGCACACUGACACUUUGCCAGUGAGAAAGAUGAACCUAUAUGUUUCCAGGCUGCACAACUCAGGAAGAUAAAAUCCUGUAGCAAAACAAAACCACAAAUUAAUCUGCGUUCUUCAUUUAGCUGCUUUUGCUUUUUGGUCAUAGGCCUCUUUUUAGUUCCCAAAUAAUUUUGAUUUGUUUAACUAUAAUGAAAGGAAGGGGGGGGGGGGUACCCUAUGAUCAGGGGUCUGCAACCUGAGGCUCCCUUCAUUGUGGCUCUUUAGCUUUGAAGAAAAAUACCAACGAUUUGAAUAAAUAUUAUGUUUGUUAGUUAGGUUUUGUUAUGUAUUUUUAAAUAGAAGUAAUAUUAAAAUAGAUUCAAAUUAACUGUAUUUUUCCAACUAUUGCUGAUAUUACACUAGAGCAAGAGGCAUUGAGAGCUUUACCAAUCGUCCAAAAAGCAUACAUGUCAGAUACCUGCCAAAAUGACGGUUUGAUCCAAUGUCAAAGUGGCUUAUUAUUAGAACUUAAACUAAUCUUCUUACCUAGUAUCUAGUUGAUGUUCAGAGACAAAGAUCUUUUAGUAAUAUUGCAGCAGGAUCUUAUUUGACACUGAUGCAUUUUAUUUUGAAAAAAGGACUUGCAUGUGCUGCUGUGAAAAGUAAAGCAUUACAAAUGUAAAACUGUUAUAAGUGAGUAAUAGAAAAACAUUUUGAAGGCUACAUUUUAUGAAUGAAUGGCCACAAAAAUAUACAUAAAUGGUAUAUUUCUAAACAGUAAAGUGGGAUUUUAUGGCUCUCACUGGGUUUUGGUCUGUAAGAAACUGGACCAAGUGGUUCUUUUAGCGCUAAAGGUUGCAGACCCCUGCCUGUAAUUAAUGCCUAGAGCCAACCUUGAUACCAAAACAUGGUGGGAGACAGUGUUGUUCAGGUGGUAUUAUCUCAGUCUUAGAUGUGUAUUUUUCCACAGUAAAUGUACUUUAAAGUUUCAUUUUUUUUUGUUUUGUUUAUUGGGUCAUUUAACAUAAAAUCUGAAGUUGGAACAUUGUUGAAAGUGAAUCAGUCCACAAGGCGAAAACUGACUCCCAGCUCCAGAUCAUGCAAGAAGAAAUGUAAGGGACCACAAAACAUCAAUAGAAACGCAAAGACAAUGAUUUGGGAUUUAAAUAGUAGAUCCGCAGUUUCCUUGCAGGUUAACGUUUGCCAUCUCCUACAACAUUAAUAUGAAGUUGUUGUUGAUUUCAUGUGUGUAUUCAGUACCUAGUGAUAUCGAACAGAAUAGGUUGGAGGCGCUUUAGAUGCGGCUCAACAGACGCUCUGCUUUGAUGUCCUCCACAUUCAGAUUGAUGGUGAUUGUAGAUAAAGUGAAACAGAGAAAUUGGGCAAAGUAAUGAAGGAAGAACGUGGCUCAUGAAAGGUCAGAGGAGUGUCAGAUCUUUCUCUUGUUCCUGUAGAUUCUGUCAGAAAGCAUUCUUUGAUGAUGAGCCAGUUUUUCUUUUUCUUUUUUUGGAGUCAAAAAGGAUAUAAUGAUCCAUGUUGCCACCCUGCACAACACAUUAGAGAGAUGGAUGGUGUUUUUGAUCUGACAUUUGAAAAGAAAGGCUUUCAGAUUUAGUUCUAUAGGAUUUAGUCAGUUUUAGUUGUUAGAAUUUCUUUAGAAAUGAAGAAAUUUGAGUUAAGAGGACUUGUGGAUGACUGAAGUUGGCAUAGUGCAAAACAUUGUACCGGUAGUCGUAGUCACACUCAUGUGUGUGCCUGUUGUAGCGAAAUCCGUUUGAUUAAGCAGACAAGUUGGUAAUAUUUGAGGAAAUUAACAUACAAAUACACAAAUGAAUAUGGGGUUGACUCACAAUCCUACCCCCAUGCAAGAAAAGAUUAUUCUGAAACGUCUUAUUAAAACAGGAUUUUCCAAUAAAAAAAAGUUAGUUGUGUUCUACAACAGGACCCGCAACACUGUAGCCAAUUUUCUCUAUUUUAUAACUACCGCUGUGAUGAUAUAUCAAUCCUCAGCUGCAUUAGUUUCACUUUUAUAGACUUUUGGUGGGGCUAAGCUGCUGUGCUGCAUAUAAUUGCCUUUGACUGCUAACUGCUUUUUUUCUGUUUUACAAAAUGAUGCAACAUUCGACAAUGCAUGUGGAGCUGCAAAAACAUCUAACCACAUUCAUGUUUUAAUUUCAAGCUCUUGGUUGCAACUUCAGAUUGUCAAAGAAGGAAAUCUAAGGUAUUUAAUAAAGACAGCAGUCUCAUGUGACUAAUACACAUGAUAAUUCAUGUUUUAUGAUCUUAGCUAGAUUCCAAUCAGACUAAAAGCAAAUGCAUGCUUGUACUUGUGGUUCUCCAGCGGCUUCUUCUCGCCUUCCUCCGUCAUGAUGUCUUUAAGGGUAAUUCUGUCUGUUGCAGGUAAAAAUGCUCUGAUACAGGAGAGUGUCAGGAAAUUCACUGAGGUUUGUUGGUCAGAAAUUUUUAAACCUUUGUACAAACAACUUUUUAACGGAAAUUAUUCAUUAAAAAAGGAAAAUCCCUGCCCUAUAAAUACACUCCGUACAGCACUACAACGUUUUUAAGUACUGAAUUGUUAGAUAAAUACAAAUUUAUGUCUCACACUUUCACGACUGUGAGUUUUCUUACUCUUCUGGGAUUUUUUUUAUCCCCUAUUUCAAUUCCAGCCACAUUCUAAACUUCACUUUAGAAAAUUCAAAACAAGGAUAGUGCAUUGGCCUUGGUUCUGACUGCCAUAAAAUGUCGCACAUUUAUUCAGAGCGAUCCAAAAGAAGCAUAAACUUCCAGGUAUAAGGAAAAACAUGAAGAUUGCUACGUCCUUUGUUUUUAUUAUAAUCACUGCUUUAACCUCCUCACUACACCAUGUGUAGCUAUGAAACAUUUUUCUAUUUUUUUUCUGCGAUACCGGUUUUUGAUUUGCAAUGUGGCCUGUUUUAAUUGUUUCUGUAUUCAUUUUGGAAAUGCACAUCAUUCUAUUUCGUUCUCUUCUGUUCUUAGGUUCUCUCUGUUUGCAUUCACACUGUUCUGUACCUCCCACCUGCUCAAACAAAGCAGACUAGAAAAUCCUUGAAAACCUCUGAGUGGAAUCAACUCUAUCAAACUAGAUUAUAUUAGUUUCCCGCCUCCCUCAAAGCUUUUCUGCAGCUCAAACACUUGAAGUAAUCUAAGCUGUGAUCAGAGCAAAGUCACAGCUCCUAU